AUGAAAAUCCUCGGAUUAUUGUUCACGCUACUGGCCGCCGCUUUUGCAGCACCCCAAGGAUAUGAUUUGGGUGUGCCAUCAGGCGCAGGGCUGUCUUCAGAAACGGGGUUUUCAUCAGGCGUUAGCUCAACUGAAAUCGAUCUCAGUAGGGGGGAGAACACCUUUGAUGCUUGCGGAGAGGGUGAAAUUCUACAUGUAGAUGGUACCUGCGUAGUUCCCGAGAUCACAAGAAAAGUUUACUUGUUUGAUGUUCCUGAACAAGAACAGCCAGCCGGUCCACCACCCAGCCUUCCUCCUCCGGCAGUGGACCACAACAUCCUCUUCGUACGCCUUCCUGAGGAGGGACCAGCACCUGAGCCGAUCGUUCUUCCUCCACCAAGACAGAAUUACAUUAUUUAUGUACUCAACAAACAAGAUGAACAAAUUCAGCGAGUGAUCGAAGUACCAGCUCAGCCACAGGCUGAUCCUGAGAUUUACUUCGUUAACUACCAAGAAGGAGAAAAACCCAACCCUCCUCUUGGAGUAGACCUUGAAACUGCUCUUAGUUCUGCUGCCUCUGCUGGCGGUCAAAUCCUUGGAGGUCAUGAAGAUGAAAUAUUUAGUGGCACUGAUGGUAUCUUCGAAGAAGCUGGAAUUGAUAGUGCUGUUGGAGUUGCUGUAGAACACGGAGGAAACGGUUUUAGUAUUGUAAAUGGCGCUACAUCAGGCGGUAAUGGAGCCGGCAAUGGUUUGGGUGUUAUUGGAGGUUCAGGAAGCAGUCCAUCAGGACUUUAUACAACGCCCUAAUUCUGCUUCCCGUUUAAUCAUGUUCUUAUGUCAAUAUAUCUAGAAAAAAAUAUAUGGUUAAGCACUGCACACACACACAGAUAUAUGUAAGUGAAUGCAACAAAAUAUAUAUG